AUGCUGUGCCUCAGCUCCCUGUCCACACUCCUCCUCCUCCUUCUUCUCUACCCCCCUCCACUGGCUUCCCAGGAAGUGCUUGUACGUCUUGCAGGUGUAGGACGGCGCGGUGCAAAUGAGGGACGUGUGGAGGUGUUCUACAAUGGUGCUUGGGGCACAGUGUGUGAUGACGAGGUGGAUCUGAAUCUGGCCAAUGUGGUCUGCCGACAGUUGGGCUUUCAACGCAGCUUUACGUGGGCACACAGUGCCAAGUUUGGCCAGGGGCAAGGUCUGAUCUGGUUGGACAAUGUGCGCUGCAGAGGCUCAGAGCUCUCUAUUGCAGACUGUCGCUCCAAUGGUUGGGGGGUCAAUGACUGCUCCCACGCUGAAGACCUGGGGGUCAUUUGCAGCCCAGAAAGGAGACCUGACUCCCCCGCUUUGGAGGAGGCCCAUUCAUCCUCCAGGCAGCAGCCAAGCCAAGCAAGACAAAGAAGCCCAUCACAAUCUGUGUCACCCCCAGCACCACCUGCAGCCCGAGCCCAAACCUCCUCUUCGAAUGCAAGAGGCCAUGAGAUCGCUCUCCAUCGUAACCCAUCUUCACGUCGCAGCAGCAUCUCACCACAGGAGAAUGGCCAUGAGAUCCAGAUUUUGCGUCGGAAUCGUGCCAGAGCAGACCAGCAGGUCAGCUCAGCUUCGCCUCAAGGACACGACCUACCUACACAUCUGGCAAGUGGCACCACCUACAGGCAGAGACAGGACACGAGGAGCGCUCCACAAACAACGAGACGGGCAGCGGGGCAGGCGAACAGGCAGUCACAGUCUGAGCGGCAGCAGCAGCUCAGUGGGAACCAUGUUGAACCAGAGCCUGUUUAUCCAGACAUGGGACUGGAGACAGAUACACACAACACACAGGGAUCUUCAAGGGUUCACUUAGAAGAAGCUCGUCUUCGACCUGUGCUGUCCGGCAACCAUGGCGGUCUGGUGACAGAGGGAGUGCUGGAAGUGAAGCAUGCUGGGAGAUGGCGUCAUGUAUGUAGCCAGGGCUGGGACCUCAGCAGCAGCCGUGUCGUCUGUGGCAUGUUAGGAUUCCCUGCUGCAGAAGCGUUUGACCAAAAUGCCUACAGGAAACAGUGGGACUCUAAGUUAGCAGAUCCAUCCUCCAGGCUGAGGACACAGAUCAGUAAAAAGGGCUAUUGGGUGGAGAAGGUGCAGUGUCAGGGAGUGGAGCCCUCUUUGUCACAGUGCCAGGCCCAGUUGUCCCUCCCCAGGAAUGAUGUUCCAUGCAGGGCAGGCAUGCACGCUGUGGUUCGCUGUGUCCCCGGAUCCCAGUUCACACGCAAUGGCAGAGCACCUGCACCACCCCCUGUCGCGCCCGUAGUGCGUCUGAAGGCGGGGCCUCGCCUCGGAGAGGGCCGCGUCGAGGUGCUGAGGGAGGGGAAGUGGGGCACCGUGUGUGACCACUUGUGGGACAUCUCUGCAGCCAGCGUGGUCUGCAGGGAGCUGGGCUUUGGAACGGCCAAGGAAGCCCUCAACAAGGCUCAGCUGGGACAAGGUACUGGUCCCAUCCACAUGAACAGUGUGCAGUGCACAGGCAGGGAGCAGUCCGUUACAGACUGUCACCACAGACCGGUGCCGCUUUACUCCUGCAAACACACCAGUGAUGUAGCAGUUCGCUGCAAUGUCCCCAACACUGGCGUGCAGACCACGGUGCGUCUGUCAGGAGGCAGAGAGCCAGCCGAGGGCCGUGUAGAGGUGCUGAUUGAGGUCGGAGGAGUGAAGCGCUGGGGCUCUGUCUGCAGUGAGAACUGGGGCAUCAACGAGGCCAUGGUGGUCUGUCGACAGCUGGGUUUGGGCUUUGCCUCUAGAGCUCACCAGGAGACUUGGUACUGGCCUGGUUCUUCAGAUGCUGGUGAUGUGGUUCUCAGUGGAACUCACUGCAUCGGCACUGAGAUGUCUAUCCAGCAGUGUCGCAGAAACACAAACGUGUACUGUCCCAGAGGAGGAGAUGGAAGGGCCGCAGGAGUCACCUGUGUAGAGACCGCUCCUGACCUUGUAUUGGAUGCCCAGCUCGUACAAGAGACAGCCUACCUGGAGGACAGACCCCUCCACCUGCUGACCUGUGCCAAUGAGGAAAACUGUCUGUCCUCCUCCGCUGCCAGGAUGAACUGGCCCUAUGGACACCGCCGCCUACUGCGCUUCUCCUCACGCAUCAUGAACAUGGGUCGUGCUGAUUUCCGACCCCGGGCCACCAGAGAAAGUUGGACAUGGCACCAGUGUCACAGGCACUACCACAGCAUUGAGGUGUUCACCCACUACGAUCUACUGACCCUCAAUGGGACCAAGGUAGCUGAAGGUCACAAAGCCAGCUUCUGUCUGGAGGACACCUACUGCCCUGAUGGCAUCCACAAGCGGUAUGCCUGCUAUAACAUGGGAGAGCAGGGUAUCUCAGUUGGCUGCUGGGACACCUACCGUCAUGACAUUGACUGCCAGUGGGUCGACAUCACAGACAUACGACCUGGUGAAUACAUCUUCCAGGUGGAGGUCAACCCUUCUUUGGACAUGGCUGAGUCUGAUUUCCAGAACAACAUAAUGCGCUGUCGGUGCAAAUAUGAUGGAGCACGGGUUUACAUGUUUGGAUGCCACGCAGGUGAUGCUUACAGUGCUGAGUUCGAGGACUUGUUCGACCACCAACGUCAGAUCUCCAACAACUUCCUGUGA